AUGGCUGGCCAGAAGUCCAAAACUCGGGUGUCGGAUGUACUCGUGUUCGCGCAAGGCUUCAUCUGCUCGGCCUUUCUAUUUGCCACCGCCAUACAGAUAGCUGGACUGGGUCUGCAAACGGAUGCUCAAUGUCAUGCUGCCAUACGAGUCUGCAUCGCCAUGUAUAGCGCGGACAAGAUAGCACUAUAUCUCUUCUUGCUGGAGCGCGUUCAUAUCGUACGAGCUCCCUUUGUGGAUCGCACAAGGGAUAUGCUGUAUGUUUUCGGAGGGAUCUUUGUCACGGGUGGUUUCCUCGCGAUCAUGGGAUGGCAGUUUGUCAACCCAAUGGCUAUCUUGAACCACCAGACAGGCGAAUGCAGGAUAGGCAUCGAGCGACCGGCUACGAUUGCGAUCAUCGUGCUGGACAUCCUGAUGAACACUGUUCUCACGGGAAUCUUCGUCUGGCAGCUUCGACCAGCACUGGGCUCAUCGGCACCUAGGAUAUUCAGUUUCGCAAGCGACACUGCUGGUGCAUCAAGCGACUCUUCAAUGCAGAGAAUCCGACUUUGGAUGAAAGGAACACGGCGGGCCGUCUCUUCUCGGAACAACUUGCGAGUCAUGCUGGUUCGAAAUGUUGUUGGCUCGAGCUUCAUGUUGUUUGUCACUUUGUGCAACAAUAGCCUGUUCCUUGCCUGGAAUUUUGCGAAGAUGAGCCACGCUUGUCUGCUCAUGUGUCUCGCUGAUAGUAAGUUCACAAUGCGCCCUUUGUGGUCAACAAACGCUGAUGCAUAG